GGCACGAGGCCUCGGAAUCGACGUCGAACAGCUGCUGGCAGCGGCGAUACAGCGAGCCAUGGGAGCCGAGGAUGAUCGGACCACAGCCGGUGACGCACGGGUGACGUCCCAGGAUGAAGGCUCUGUGCCCUGGGAAGAACAAGAAGCACCUCAGGCAGAAACAACAGCGGCACAAGGACCGCCUCGGUUGGAACCAACAGCGGCACAAGCAGUCCCUCAUGUGGAGCCAACAACUGCACAAGGAGCAUCCCAGGUGGAAACAACAGCGGCACAAGAAGGAAAUCAGGUGGGAACAGCCGCGGCACAAGAAGCACCUCAGGCGGAAACAACAGUGGCGCAAAAAGCACCUCAAACGGAAAAAACAGCAGCACAAGAAGCACCUCAGACGGAAACAACAGUGGCGCGAGGAGCGCAUCGGUUGGAGCCAACGACGGCACAAGGAGCCCCCCAUGCGGAGCCAACAACUGCACAAGGAGCAUCUCAGGAGGAACCAACUGCGGCACAAGGAGCAUCUCAGGCGGAACCAACGGCGGCACAAGGAGCACCUCAGGCGGAAACAGCGACACAAGGAGAGCCUCAUGCGGAAACAUCGACACAGGGAGAGCCUCAUAAGGGAACAUCGGCACAAGGAGAGCCUCAUGCGGAAACAUCGACACAAGGGGAGCCUCAUGCGGAAGAAUCGACACAAGGAGAGCCUCAUGCGGAAACAUCGGCACAAGGAGAACCUCAUGCAAAACCAACAUCGGCACAAGGAGAGCUUCAGGCGAAACCAACAGCGACACGAGAAGAGCGUCGUGCGGAAACAGCAGCAGCACAAGGGGAGCCUCAGGCGGAACCAACAUCGGCACAAGGAGAGCCCCAUGCGAAACCAACAUCGGCACAAGGAGAGCCUCAGGGGGAACCAACAGCGACACAAGAAGAGCCUCAUGCGGAAACAGCAGCGACACAAAGACAGCCUCAUGCGGAAACAGCAGCGGCACAAGGGGAGCCUCAGGCGGAACCAACAUCGACACAAGGAGCGCCUCAGGCGAAACCAACAUCGGCACAAGGAGCGCCUCAGGCGAAACCAACAUCGGCACAAGGAGAGCCUCAGGCCAAACCAGCAUCGACGCAAGGAGCGCCUCAGGCGAAACCAACAUCGGAACAAGGAGAGCCUCGGGCGCGACCAACAGCGACGCAAGGAGAGCCUCAUGCAGAAACAUCGGCACAAGGAGAGCCUCAGGCGGAACCAACAUCGACACAAGGAGCGUCUCGGACGAAACCAACAUCGGCACAAGGAGAGCCCCAGGCGAAACCAACAUCGGCACAAGGAGAGCCCCAGGCGAAACCAACAUCGGCACAAGGAGAGCCCCAGGCGAAACCAACAUCGGCACAAGGAGAAACCCAGGCGCAACCAACAUCGGCACAAGGAGAGCCUCAGGGGGAACCAACAUCGGCACAAGGAGCGCCUCAGGCGAAACCAGCAUCGGCGCAAGGAGCGCCUCAGGCGAAACCAACAUCGGCGCAAGGAGCGCCUCAGGCGAAACCAAUAUUGGCACAAAGGGAGCUUAAGACGGAACCAACAUCGGCACAAGGAGAGCCUCAGGCGAAACCAACAUCGGCACAAGGAGAGCCUCAGGCGGUACCAACAUCGACACAAGGAGAGCCUCAGGCGAAACCAACAUCGACACAAGGAACGCCUCAGGCGAAACCAACAUCGGCACAAGGAGAGCCUCAGGCGAAACCAACAUCGGCACAAGGAGAGCCUCAUGCGGAAACAGCAGCGGCACAAGAAGCACCUCAGGCGAAAAAAGCAGUACAAGGAGCGCUUCAGGCGGAAACAACGGCACAGGGAGAGCCUCAGGCGGAAACAACAGCGGCAAAAGGAGAACAUGAGUCCCAAAACCCUCCGCUGGCAGCAUCGUGCUCUUACAGCCCUCGGGGGCCACUUCCCUCUCAUAUGGACCCAAGUGCCGUGACAACGCACAGUCCCACAAAGGACGCGCGACCCUCCCAGCCGAGCCAAGAAGACCGCAAAGCGCAGAGUCUUCAGCAAGAGACCGUGGCUAUCUCGUCGAACCAGGGCGAUAUCACAGUGCCGAGUCCU